ACAUCAAAACCAAUAAGUGUCUUGAUUUGAUGAUAAAGAACAAUUCUCAAGAAGGGAAACACCAUAAGUUCAAAUGCCAUUGUAUUUAAAAAAAAAAAAAAAAAAAAAAUUAAAAAGUCCUCAAGAAAAUUACAAAACCACAGCAAGAGUGCAAGACAACCGGUAAACAAAAUAUCAAGAACUUAGUAGCUAGGAACUAGUUUUGUGCUUGAGAUCUGAGAUUAUGAAUUUCGUUUUCUUUAUAAUUUAGGACUUAAAGAAUAAGAGAGAGCUCUCUAAAAUAUAUCUCAUAGACCCAAAUGGCCUCUAAUGGAUCAAGAAAAAAAAUGUUGGUGCCAUAACUUUUUUUAGUGGAAGGAUUCAGACCAUCUAUUAUGUGAGACUCCCCAUGAGAUCUGUCUAGAUGAGUUAUUUUAUAUGUGGGUUACCUAAAAUUUUACAUUAUAAAAUCUUUAAAAAAUUGUAGAUACGCCCACAUGCAUAAGAGGCUAACAGUCUACCUACCCCCACCCCCCCAACAAAGAAAAAAGAGACAGAAAUACUGUUCUUAUUCUGAUACUAUGUAAAUUUGUUAGAGAAGAAUGUAAUAUAUUGGUUGUUUGGAAGGUUAUAUAUAACUCCGUACCAAAAGGCCCUUAAAUUCCUACUUUAAAAAGAGAUAGUGGUGACAAAUCGGAGUCAAGUCAUGAUGAAUCUUGCAGCUGAGAAAAAAUGGGUCUUAGCUCUUUAUGGAGUGGAAAACAAAAGCACCCAUGUACGUUGGGGACAAGAAUGAUUGAUCUUGAGUUGGGUCCUUUCAUAUAGUAUAAAGAAUGUACCAUGUACCUCCACUUCUAUUGCUUUUAUUUUCUUCAAUAAAGAAACAAGCAAGCAAUUGGACUCACCCUCUUAUUAAAUGUCUAACUGUUCUUCAUCUUCAUCAUCUUGCUCUUGCUUUCUUACUAUUUAGAAGUUGCACUCUUGCCACUAUCUUUGAAGAGCCUCAACUGAGUGUGCACGUAUUACAAUUGAAAAGGCGCCGUUUGGCUUCUUGCAUUAAUUUCAGCUCUAUAAAAUAAGAAAAGCAUUUUCAAGACGUAUAAAGAAUGUACCACGUAUACCUCCACUUCUAGUGCUUUGAAUUUGUUCAAUAAUGUAACAAGCAACUUGGUCUCACCUCCCUUGUUAAAUAUCUAACUCUUCUCCCUCUUCAUCAUCAUCAUCAUCAUCUUGUUCUUGCUUUCUUAGUAUCAAAAGUAGCAGCCUUGUCAUUCUCUUGAAGACUUGAGUGGAAGUAUUAGUGUUGAAAAGGCAUUAAGCCCAUUUUAUUGUUGAUGUCAGUGAGCUCGUGUGUCGCCAAAUGCUUGUCGCAUCGGCUGGAGAACAUAGAUGAAAAUGCUCCACCAAAGUGGCUGCCAAUAUCUUCUGCCCAACCUGAAACUCCAACCGAGUCCAUGGAGUUUCUUGCCAGAUCAUGGAGUCUUUCAGCGAUGGAACUAUCCAAAGCUCUUACCAGCACAGAUAUUGCUUCUAAUAUUCUUGACAAGACACCAUUAAGCUCCAUUGGCAUUGAAGCACAUGAUGCAACUCAUGCAAGUUCUAUGACUUCAAAAGAAUAUCAGUUACCAAGUGGGGACAGCCCUCCAAUUUCACCAAGAGACAGUGAUGAAAUGAAGGAAAUAUUUUUACUUCAUCAAGCACUCAAUCCAGAGUUCAUUUCCAGUCAUCUGCUCAUAAAUGGGCUAUACAGGAGCUUACUGAGAGGGAAAACAAUGGGGAGGUGGUUAAAAGAUCAGAAGGAAAGGAAGAAGCAGGAAAUCCGAACCCAUAAUGCACAGUUGCAUGCAGCAGUAUCUGUGGCAGGGGUUGCUGCUGCUGUUGCGGCACUUGCAGCUUCAAAUGCAUCUCCUGAUAUGUCAGCUGCCCAUCCGAAAAUGCCUUCCAAAAUAUCUACAACAAUAGCAUCUGCAGCAGCUCUAGUAGCAUCCCAUUGCAUUGAGAUUGCAGAGGAAAUGGGAGCUGAUCAUAACCAUAUCUCAACAACAGUCAACUCUGCAAUUAAUGCAAGGACUAACGGAGAUAUCAUGACCCUAACAGCUGGAGCAGCUACAGCCUUAAGAGCAGCUGCCACCCUAAGGGCCAGGCUGCAAAAGGGGAAUGGAGCUGCAACCUUUGCUCAGGCUGACGAAAUGGGUGAAGAAGGCAAAGAACCUAACAUCUUGACAGCUUUGAACUUUGUCUCUAAAGGAGGAGAGCUUCUCAAACGUACAAGGAAAGGGGCUCUCCACUGGAAGCGAGUCUCUUUCAACAUAAAUUCAAAUUGGCAGGUUGUAGCUAAAAUGAAAAGCAAGCACAUGGCAGGAACAUUUACUAAAACAAAGAAAUGUAUAGUCUCUGGGGUCUACAAUGACACACCAGCAUGGCCCGGAAGGGAGAGGGAAGAUGCUAGUGAACACAUGGCUUAUUUUGGGAUAAAAACAGUUGACAGAGUAAUUGAAUUUGAAUGCAGAAGUAAAGGAGAAAAACACAUGUGGACUGAGGGGAUCCAGCAUAUGUUGAAUUGCCGUGCCAACAUAACCUAAUGCUGAUAACAGUUUACAAUUUGAAAUACUGUAAAAUUGGAUUUUCAUUUUUUUUAACCAUCAUAACAAUUAACUUGUCGUGUACAUCAAAUGUCUAUGUUCAUGAUGAGAAAUGGCCAAGAUAAACAUUUUUAUUUGUUGUUACCGGGAGAUCCAACUGCACUAUAGCAAUAGUGGACUCUAGGCCAUCCAUCAAAGGAGGUUCAAGUCUAACUUGAACAAUCUGAGUGAUUGUAACUUUCCUGAAGCAAUAAUCUGUGCAAGUUCUCUCCCUGGUGUGAGUAUAAUGAAGUUUUAUUGUUAUUGUUGCUGUUGUUUCA